CAACACCACAGGCCUGAGUCUUCUCCUCGAAUGAAGUUCUCCAUGGCAUAUGCAUGUAUUGCCUUUCAUGCAAGUUGGUUAUCAGAUCAAGGCCUCGGCAUUUUGACGCGCAUGGAACUCAGGGGAGCGAUCAGCCCGAGAAUCAUCGAAAGGCUGAAUUCAAGCCUCACUCCACAUAAUCAGAUCACAGCGGGAUAAACGACACGCAUACACACGUCUUUUGUACCACUGUUCCGCAGACUUAGUCUAUAUAUACGAUUCCGUUCCCCAACUCCUGAUUACUCGACAAUCUUCGAAUAAAAUGCCUACCUACCUAGUUCACGGUUUUCGCUGGAGACGCGACUCGAUCGUCAUCCACACAAUUCUGCAAGACCUUGAAGAUGCAGCCCCGAAUUGGAUCAUGGCGCCAAGGACUUCUAUCUCUAUGCUCAAUUCCUUCUAUUCGAUGUACGACUUCCUCCCUCCCAGCAGUCCGCCGCCUGCAACAUACUCUCCUCCGGUUCCACAAGUAGAGAAACCAGCCCCGGAGCCCAAGAAAGAGAACAAUGGCCCGAGAACCUUGACGAAAGCGAAUAAAGGAUCAAUGAGCAGUCUGCGAAGUCUGGGAAGGAAGAACAAACCGCCAAACCUAGGAAGCAAGGGAACGAAUGGUCAUACAGCGAGCACAUCAUCCUCAGACAGUCGGCCGUCGCCAAGUACGCAGACCUCUGCGUGUGAAGUAAAGAAAGAGCCCAGGUUCAAUGAGUGGAGCGUGGUGAAGUUGCUGGAGCAGUAUGAUCCUGAAGAUAUACAGACUGCGAGUCAACCGUAUGCGUAUGUCGCAGACUACAUGGUGGAGGUUAAGCUUGGUGUGUCGUUGAAUGAAGAGAUGUUUAAGUAUGAAGCAGAUCAGAAAGCGGAGGAGGCGAUUCUGAAUGCUCAUAAUGCUCCGCCGACUCCUGGUACACCUGCUAGCCCCGCUCCGAAUGCGAUAGGAGGAAUGACGAGCCCGAGUUUGAGCAUUAGGGAAGCUAGGAGGCGGAGCAGAAGGCUAGGAUGGUUUGAGAAAUUGAGAGAUGGACUACAAAAGGAAGCUGACAUAGGAUGGUAUGUAGUCGUCUGCGGAGACGAGGAGAGGAUGGUGCCCACAACCAUUGAGGAGGAAAGUGAGGACGAGAGUGAGGAGGAAAGACACAUGAAGAGCCCUCGAAGUGCAGGAUUACGAGGCAUGUUCCACAAAAGAAAAGAUAUCCUGGAGGAGGAAUAAACAUACCAAAGGAUGUAGGUUGGCGGCACAUUGACUCUGUUUUUAGCGUGGUGUUGGAUCAACAAAAAUCGGGACACUGGGGAGGACGACAGUCUGUUUUAACCGCGUAAUUCUGGAUACCCUCGAUGAAUUAAUGCAUGUGGAUG